CAUGAGCUCGUAAACAUACCGGAAUAUUCACUGUUUACGUCUUUUUUAUAAAUAAUAUAUAAAGGUGUUAUGGCAUCUCGUCUGAGUUGGUCGGUCCUGUCCGGUUUCUUGCUGCUGCUCUUUGUGUUCCCAGGUCAACCUGCAACACUCAGGGAUGAAGAAGCUCCUGCUGGACUGGCCAAUCCUUUCAAAUCUGGAGAGGAGAGCCACAGGUUGCUCCAAAGUUAUAUUGACUCCAUUUUGAAGGAGGGCCAGGCUAGACCAGAAAUCAGCUCCCGGGAACAAGAGGUGUUCUUCCUUUUCCGUCUUCAUGACUAUGACCGCGGUGGAUUCCUGGAUGGUUUGGAGAUGAUAAAAUUACUUUCAGAUUACAACACCUUUCACAAACCUGCUGCUUAUCAAUAUAACACUGUGGUGUCUUUGGUGGACUUUUUACUGCAAACUCAGGAUCUAAAUCAUGAUGGCCUAUUCAGUCCAUCUGAGCUACUCUCACCUCCGUUAAUUCAAACACAGCAUAAAGAAGCUACACAAGACCAAAAAGACAGUGCUCAAAACAAAGUGGAGGUUAAGAUGGAAACACAGCCACAACAAAAACAGACCACGAAGGAGGACGGCGUUUUGUCAGCAGAUGAGCAGCACCCUCCCCAAGACGUCAGAACAGCAGAACAUACAGCAGAGCAGACAGCAGAGCAGACUGCACAGGUGACUGCAGAGCAGACUGCACAGACAGCAGAGCAGACAGCAGAGCAGACUGAAACUGUGGCUGUCCCUGUGCACCAAGGACAACCAGAAAUAUAAAGACUUGGGAUUUACA